AUGGCCGCACCAUGGUUACUCCAAACAGCAGCAGUCAUCGGCGCUCUCAUUUUGCUGGUCGCAUCCACGACACUCCCAGUAGUAGCCGAAGAACACGAGGAACCAGAAGAAGGUGAAGUUGGUGCCAGUGAGGACCCUACCGCCGAGGUGGAGCCUUACUCCGGUGACCUGCCGUCGCUCAGAAUCCGCCGGUACCUGGCCAGGUCCUGGAAGCCGCAUACGUGCGACAAAAAACCGAAGAUCUGCAAACUGAAGGGGAGCCCUGGCCCUGACUGCUGCAAAAAGAAGUGCGUGGAUUGGAAGACCGAUCGCUUCAACUGCGGCAACUGCGGGAGGAGGUGCAGGUUCACGGAGACGUGCUGCAAGGGAAGGUGCGUGAAUCUGGCGUUCGAUAGAGAGAACUGCGGGAGAUGCGGGAACAAUUGCCGUAAGGGGUCCUACUGUAUCUACGGCAUGUGUGGCUAUACCCUUAGUGCUUGCAGCUGUGUUGUUUACGAAGCACUGCUGCAAGAACCAACUUCUUGA